AUGGUGGUGCCAUUCGUACCAAGGAAGGAAAACCGGACUCGUCGACUGGUGGAACACAACGUUGUGCACACACAGGUCCCGGACAUAAAUUGCCAAUCAAGGUCCAAGCACCUUGAUUUGAACAAAAAGGCAAUGCUUGGAGAAAACAACGCAAAAGAUUCGGAGGUGCAUGAAAUUGCCGGGGUUUCACCGCCUUUACUGAGCCCACCACUUCAACCGUGUCCCUCCCAUUCUCAUCACAAGGACCCCAAAUAA